UCCGGGUGGCCGGCGAUGAAGUGAGGGGCGGGCGCGGGGCCCUGUGGCCGGCCAGCCAUGAACUACCCUCCGCCGCCGCCGCCGCACCAGCAGCUGGCCCACUCGGCCGCCAUUCGGGCGGAGAUCGGGCGCUUCGAGUCGGUGCACCCCAACAUCUACUCCAUCUACGAGCUGCUGGAGCGGGUGGAGGAGCCGGCGCUGCAGGGCCAGAUCCGAGAGCACGUCAUCGCCAUCGAAGAUGCCUUUGUAAAUAGCCAGGAAUGGACACUAAGUCGUUCUGUGCCGGAACUCAAAGUGGGCAUUGUGGGAAAUCUAGCUAGUGGGAAAUCUGCCCUUGUACAUCGGUAUCUGACUGGAACCUAUGUCCAGGAGGAAUCGCCAGAAGGUGGAAGGUUCAAGAAGGAGAUUGUCGUCGACGGGCAAAGCUACCUGCUGCUGAUCAGAGAUGAAGGGGGACCUCCAGAGGCACAGUUUGCCAUGUGGGUGGAUGCCGUUAUAUUUGUCUUCAGCUUGGAGGAUGAAAUUAGCUUCCAGACUGUAUUUCACUACUACACCCGUAUGGUGAACUAUCGCAACACUAACGAAAUCCCAAUGGUGCUAGUGGGAACUCAGGAUGCUAUAAGUUCCAGUAAUCCUCGUGUCAUCGAUGAUGCUAGAGCACGGAAACUGUCAAACGAAUUGAAAAGAUGCACUUACUACGAAACUUGUGCUACUUACGGUUUGAACGUGGAAAGAGUCUUUCAGGAUGUUGCGCAGAAGAUUGUGGCAACAAGAAAAAAACAACAGCUUUCGAUAGGUCCUUGUAAAUCAUUACCAAACUCUCCAAGUCACUCGUCUGUGUGUUCUGCUCAGGUCUCUGCGAUACACAUCACCCAGACCAGCAAUGGAGGAGGCAGCUUAAGCGACUACUCCUCCUCCGUCCCAUCCACUCCGAGCACCAGCCAGAAGGAGCUGCGGAUUGAUGUCCCCCCCACUACUAACACUCCAACGCCUGUUCGCAAGCAAUCCAAGCGCCGCUCCAACCUUUUCACGUCUCGGAAAGGGAGCGACCCAGACAAAGAGAAGAAAGGGCUGGAGAGCAGAGCAGAUAGCAUCGGAAGCGGCCGUGCGAUCCCAAUUAAACAGGGUAUGCUGCUAAAGCGAAGUGGCAAGUCAUUAAAUAAAGAAUGGAAAAAGAAAUACGUCACACUCUGUGAUAAUGGUGUGCUGACCUAUCAUCCGAGUUUGCAUGAUUACAUGCAGAAUGUUCAUGGGAAAGAAAUCGAUCUUCUGAGGACCACAGUUAAAGUCCCUGGGAAGAGGCCACCUCGAGCCACAUCUGCAUGUGCCCCCAUUUCCAGUCCCAAGACAAAUGGCUUGUCCAAAGACAUGAGCAGCUUGCAUCUCUCACCAAAUUCAGGAAACGUGACUACUAGCACCUCUGUGUCACAGAUGACAAGUGGCAUCAGUCUUGUGUCCUUCAACAGUCGUCCUGAUGGGAUGCAUCAGAGGUCCUACUCAGUUUCCAGCGCUGACCAGUGGAGUGAAGUGACCGUCAUUGCAAACUCAGGCAUCAGUAGUGAUACUGGCUUGGGAGAUUCUGUGUGUUCCAGCCCAAGUAUAUCUAGUACCACGAGCCCUAAGCUGGACCCUCCUCCUUCCCCUCACGCUAACAGGAAAAAACAUCGCAGGAAGAAAAGCACUAGCAAUUUUAAACCUGACGGUAUCUCAGGCACUGCUGAAGAACAAGAAGAAAAUUUUGAAUUUAUCAUCGUCUCCCUGACUGGUCAGACUUGGCAUUUCGAAGCGACGACAUAUGAAGAAAGAGAUGCUUGGGUGCAAGCUAUAGAGAGUCAGAUUCUGGCCAGCCUGCAGUCAUGUGAGAGCAGCAAAAAUAAGUCCCGACUGACAAGUCAGAACGAGGCCAUGGCCCUUCAGUCAAUAAGAAGCAUCAGAGGCAAUUCUCGUUGUGUGGACUGCGAGGCACAAAAUCCUGACUGGGCAAGUUUAAAUCUGGGAGCGCUCAUGUGCAUUGAGUGCUCAGGGAUACACCGGAACCUUGGCACGCACCUGUCACGCGUCCGAUCCCUCGACUUGGAUGACUGGCCAGUCGAGUUGAUCAAAGUGAUGUCCUCCAUUGGAAACGAAUUGGCCAAUAGCGUGUGGGAAGAAAUGACACAGGGACGCGUGAAGCCCUCCCCAGACUCCACAAGGGAAGAAAAAGAGCACUGGAUCCGGGCGAAAUAUGAGCAGAAGCUUUUCCUUGCUCCGCUGCAUGGCUUAGAGCUUUCCUUGGGUCAGCACUUGCUACGAGCAACGGCAGAGGAGGACUUGCGGACUGUCAUCUUGCUUCUGGCACACGGGUCACGAGAAGAAGUGAACGAAACCUGUGGAGAUGGGGACGGGCGUUCCGCCUUACAUUUGGCUUGCAGAAAAGGAAACGUCGUGUUGGUGCAGCUCUUGAUUUGGUAUGGCGUCGAUGUUAUGGCCCGAGAUGCCCAUGGGAACGGAGCCUUGGCCUAUGCCCGGCAAGCCACAAGCCAAGAAUGCGUUGACGUCCUCCUGCAGUAUGGCUGUCCAGAUGAGCGUUUUGUUCUCAUGGCCACUCCCAAUUUGUCCAGGAAGAACACUAACAGGAACAACAGCAGCGCUACCAGAAUGCCCUCCAUCAUCUGAAGGAUUUGGUGCUCCUCUUGCAGCAUGACUAACAUUCAGAGCCUCCUAUUAUGCAUAACCUUCACAGCUGAGGUCUGUGAGUCUAUAAAAUAUGCCUUCUCCUUUUUUCCUCUCCAGUCCUCCCUUUCUCCAGGGGGAACCAGUUUGCCUGGAUAUUGUAAAGAGACCAGAAGGAGAAAAGAGGAUUGCAGAAAUCGUUUUUAAUAAAAAGAUCCUGAACGAUGAAACUGUGAAAAGGGGAGGGUAAGACAAAGAGAGAUCAUGGAUUCACUAAUUAUAGCACAUGGUCAGGGCCCAUUGGACUGGAUGUCUUGCCGACAGGGGCUCAGGCCGGUAUUGCAUGAGAGUUAUUGGACAGGAACGGCAGGCGGAAGGGAAGAGACCAGAAAUUGUAACUUUUCAUAACUGACAGUUAAGCACAUCGGUACAUUUCACCUCUACCAAACUGAACACUUGGAUUUCAUUCUCUUUUCCCGAGGAGCUUGACGGCAUAAAUCAGGAGCAAGCACAGAGUUUGUCAGGUUUGAAGCUCCUAUGAUGGUAUGUGUCAAAUCAGUUGUAGCUAAUCUGUCCAGGGAGAAUACUGGCUUCAUUACACUUCUAUAGUUGAGUUCUUCCAGCAUUACUGCUGUUUAAUAGAACAUGAUUAGUCAUCACGGAGAAAAAAGCAUAUUAGCUGAGGAGGUAGUUACAGGGCACGCUUCGGUGAUUGCUUGGAUGUGAUUGCAAUAUUCUUAGAAGCAUCCGAUUAUCUCAGACAUGUUCUUUCAAGCCCUUGGAGUCCUCCUUUCUAAAUUCACUGUCAUAAUUUAGUAUCUGUUUAAUUUUUCAGCCCAAAGAGAGGAAAUCAGUUGCUGAGUAUUAUUUGACUCUAGCCUCCUCCAUGUAAAAAACAAGAUGGAAAAAAAUAAAUAAGAAUAGCUAUGAAAUGCAAAAAGGAGUAACGAACACUACUAAGAAAAAAAAUAUUUCACAUACGUUUUUGAAUGGAAUCGCGUAAAACUUUAAUUUUUUUUUUUUUUUAGUCAUGGCAAAUACUUUUUGUCACUUUCGCCGAGGUGAAAGUGUUCCGUUUUGGCCAUUCAUGUGUUGCAUUGCCUAAGUUAUACUGAUUUUGUAUUGUGUCUUUAGGUUCUAUGUAUGUGAAAAUCUAUUGGGAUUUUUAAAUGUUCAUAAAUAUGUAUUGAUUUUUUUUUGUAAGGCAAAUACACUUUUGUUAAUUUAUAAACUGUAAUUGAUGUGAAAUAAUGUGCAGAUAGUUAGGAUCUAAGGGAUUACGGAUCAUAGUGAUAGAUCAUGAAAACAUUCCCACCAGAGAAAUAGAUUUUUAUUCCUUCGAUGAAGAGCGUAUCUGACAAAAAUGUUGGCACGUGUUUACAGUGCAAGGAAAUAUGGUUUGGGAGAACGGGCCAUUGUCUUCCAGAAGCACAAACAUCUUUUACUGUAUGUUUUGUGAUGCUGCUGUGAAUGGUGACGGGGCAUUGUAUGCAAGAAUCAGGGUGCUUUGAGGGGGGGGGGCUGUCUAAUUUUAGCCUGAGGUUCCUCCUCUUCGAAGUAUUCACGGCUUGUUGUACUCCGAAAUGCAUCUUUGUGGAAUGAGCUGACUGCUGGGAAGAGCUUUUGGACGUUAUUGUAAAUGCCAGUUACAGCUUCAAUAUUUCAGUCGCACGGAACUGCUUCCUUUGUGGGCUGCGCCUUUAGUUCUGAAUUGCUAGGCAUGGAGAAGGAGGAAGGGUAUGUUGCAGAGGAUGAAUAUUUGCUAAAAACUGAGCUAAAGUAUAGAUAGCCAUGAAGAAUUCUUUUAAGCAAAUUAGGUGCGAGUGAAACUGUUCUUUUUUCUUUUCUGUCUGCCUGCCUUUAACAACCCUGUGGUAUUUUACUACUUGGGGCUAUACCUUUCUCAUGAAAGAAAAAUAAAUGGGAAAAAAAUAAAGCAUGGACUUAAAUGUAUAUUGAGAAGACUGGAUGCACAACUUUUGAAGUGUUCUCUGGAGGAAUCUCACCUGGGAUACCUACCAAGACAGAGAAGUCUCAAGGGCACAAACUCCAGUACAUCAGAUGAUCUGACUUUCCUGGCCUUGUAUUUGCACGUAUUUGGCUCUGUUCGCAUUUAAAGAAACGGCAGAGCUCUUUCCUUUUCCUGGUAAUUUUAGGGCAUGGAUUGGCAUUUGUGGCUUUGAAGGUAUUGAAGCAUCUACUAAUUUUAACGUAGUCGCUUCGUUGUCUUUGAAGCGAGCCAGCUUUCCUUUCUUCCGUUUUAACAGUCUUGUUGCCAUCUUGAUGGGAACGCAAAGCAGGAGAUUUUACACUUUGGGAUGAGGGGAGGUACAUUGAACUUAUUUGGACAUAUUCCUAAUGUUUUCAUCUUGGCAGGUCAGUGAAGUAAGAGUCUUUUAGAGAGAGCCAGGUACCUUCUCUUGACUUGGUUUGGAGUAUUCUGAAAUAAAAUUUCAGUGAAGCACCUGCUGCCUGGUAUGGUGAGACUGAUAAGAGCUCGUUUCAUUUGGUCCUGAACUUUGGUGAGUGACACAACAGUUUGUGUUUGCCCUCCCUGGUUGUCAUUGCACAACACUUUUUGAAGAUCAGCUUUCAGGCUGGAAAUAUUUCUGAAUGCUUUCUGAAUAUUUCUGAAUGUUUCAAACUCCCUUGUGCUCUCUUUCACUGAAUUUAGCUGAUUUUAUAGUCACCUGUUAAUAAUCACAGACACAUUUUUGUGACAUGAGAUACUGAAGGCUGUUGAAAAUAAGGUCCCCAAGGCCCAGUUUUAAAAGUGACGUCCACGCGUAACAAGUUACAUUCCACCAUAUUUAUGUAAGUCCAUUGUAAAACUCUUAAAAUUUUAUUUGCUUUGAACAAUAUUUAUGGUAGUGAUAUACUUCAGGGGUCAGAGAAAGUGUAACAGGUUUUGCAAGUCUUUCAUUGUAGGGUAGCCAAGUUGUUAUCAUUGUGGCUUGGACUAACAGUGCUUUGCUAGACCGAUUGGUAAGAGCAGACUGUGUCUGUGUUCUGAUGCCUAGUGCAGUAGUUGAGCUGUCUGAGUGCUUACCUCUAGAGGGGAAAUGUUCAAGGCCGUUUUCACACUGCUUACCUUCCCUCGGAACGACCCGGAA